AUGAUUGACCUAACUCUGCCAUCACCAUGGCGAAAGGAGGCAUUCUCCAAAUUUGAGAUUAAAUUAGGCAGGGAGGUCGCGAUAGAAAGGGCCGAAGCGGCGCGAGCAACCACAGACAUCGUGGUGUACUCGGACGCCUUAGGACGACAUAGCUCUUUGGGCGCCAUAGCUGCCAUACUAAGUGACUCGCUAGAGAUAACCAACAGCAUAUAA